CGUCGCUAUAUCCGAUCAACCCCACUUCAAGCACCACAUCGAGGUAAUCCUUCAGGUACUCGACAUAAUAAUGGUCUCUACAAUACCGAAGUAACCACAAUACCACCGCAUGAGCUUACGAAUCCUUUUGUAAGAAAAGCAAAUGAUCGUCGUGGUGGUAUUGUAAAAAAAUGCUUAAAAUAUAGUAUAGACGUUGCUUGUAUUCCCAUUACAAUACCCGAUGAUAAUUUCUCAAGGACUCAAGAUCAACUAACUAUUUUGGAAAAACUUCGAGAUUCUUCCAACAUUUUGAAAUUUUAUGGGCUCUCUCGUGAUGAUAAUCAAUUUUUCAUGAUAUUUGAAUGGGCCGAAUUAGGAAACCUUCUCGAAGUUUAUAACAUAUACGAUAUUUCUUGGAACGCAAAGGUGUCUAUUGCUUUUGGUAUCUGUCGUGGCAUUUCUUACUUGAAUUCCUGUUUGAUCCUUCAUCAUGAUAUUCGCUGUGCAAACAUUAUGAUGACACCACAUUUGGAACCAAAAAUUACAAAUUUUAGAUAUGCGAUCGAUAAAAGUAAAAUAAAUACUGAAUAUUAUGAAUAUGUACCAAAUGUAGAUGAUAUUAUUAAUUGGAUGGCUCCUGAAAAAAUUCUAAAUUACCGAUAUAAUGAAGAAUGUGAAAUGUUUAGUUUUGGAAUGUUAUUAUGGGAACUUGCUUUCGAAACCAUUCCUUACAAGGGUUGGGACGUACAAAGGAUAAAAUAUCACGUUUUAAAUAGUCAUAGAGAAAAUUUAAACUUUAAAUUAAAUAAUGACGAAAAAAUACUUCAGGAAAGUUAUUUUAAAAUCAUUAAAAAUACUUGGCAUCAUAAUCCACAAGAACGUUUAAAUCUUCAGACCGUUCUCUUCGAACUUGAUAAAUUAGUUUCCAACUACCAUCAAAAUGGAUUUUCUCAAAGUUUGAUUCCAAAGUAUAUUAAUAAACUUAUUACUGAAUCCGUUGAUGAGUUAGAAGAUAAAGCAAAAGAAUGGAUUGAAAGUGCUAUAAAAGAUAGAGUUAUUAAAUCAAUAGGAUGGUCCGAAUUGCAAUAUCAUCAGAAGAUUGGGGCAGGAAAUUUUGGAACAGUAUUUAAAGCAUAUUGGCCUAAUAUUCAUAAUAAUGUAGUUUAUAAAAAAUUACUCAUUUCAUCGGACAUUCAAUUUAAGAUGUGGGAAGCGUUUAAACAUGAAUUACAGAUACAAAGCCGAGCACAUAGUUGUGAAAAUAUUAUUCGUGUUUUAGGAAUAAGUAAAAAAACUCUACCAAUAUACUAUUCUGGUUAUUUAACACCUCCAACAUCAACAUCAAAUAUGAGCAUUAUGAGCUCAAGAUCUGAUGUUAGUUUAAAUGAUAGUUUAAGCACUAGGUUUGAUCUAAAUGCUGAAGUUGUUAGUACAAAUGUUAAGGUUCAUUCAUGUCAGAUCUCAGUAAAAUUUGUAAAAGCGUGUGUCAAAGUGGUAAAAGAUAAAUUAUCUACACAUAAAUGA